AUGGCUUUAUCAAAAUUUCCUGAUCUGAAAUUUGACCUAAUAUUUAAGAAAAUCUUUGGCACUGAAAAGAAUAAGAAGAUUCUUAUUCGCUUUCUCAAUGAUAUUUUAGGAUUCACUGAAAUAAAUGCUAUACAAGCGGUAGAAUUCUUAAGCGCUAUAAUCGAUCCUGAUAUUACCUCUGACAAACAAAGCAUAGUUGAUGUUUUCGCAAGGAUGCCACUGGAACCAGACACAGCUUGCAAAGAAGACUGUACACGUUUUACACAAGCAAUAUUCAGCUGGGUAGAGCGUUACCCUUCAGAGGUAGGAGAUGUCGGCAAGGGUGCAGCAGGAGAGUCAUCGAUGGAGGAGCAUGUGGCAGGGAUGGGUAAUGGCACUGUAACAGGCGCAGCGCUCGGUAAUUGCAAGAGCAACAAGAGAGGCAAGAGCUGGAGUUAA